GCCUCCCGACCCACCCAAGCUGAGCCGGGUGACCACAAGGUUAGCCUGCAGAACUACGCAGCAGUCACACACACAAAACCAGCACUACAGACUGGACCUGUGGCUUGGAGACAGGGACUCUUGGGAACAGCCCUCUGCAAAGAUGACAGGAGACAUGGAAAGCCCAAGACGCCAUGAGAGGUCCACACAGGAGGGACACAUCUGGGGCUCCAUGAGGAGGACGGCUCUCAUCCUGGGCUCUGGGCUGCUCCUGUCUGUGGCCUUCUGGAACUCAGUCACAUGGCAUCUUCAGAGAUUUUGGGGUGCUUCUGGCUACUUUUGGCAGACCCAGUGGGAGAAACUGCUGUCUACAUUUGAAGGCAACCAGUGGAUCCUGUUCAUCAUAGGUACUGCGCUGGUGCCUGGGCUGUGCUUCUGGGGCUUCAAUGGCCUUCUACUGGUGGUGGACACAACAGGGAAACCCAACUUCAUCUCCCGCUACCGCAUCCAACUGGGCAAGAAUGAACCGGUGGACCCUGUGAAGCUGCGACAGUCUAUCCCCACAGUUCUCCUCAACCAGACUAUGAUCUCUCUUCCCAUGCUGCUCAUCUUCUAUCCUUUCUUCAAGUGGAGGGGAGACCCCUGCUGCCGAGAGCUACCCACCUUCCACUGGUUCCUUGUGGAGCUGGCCCUUUUCACCCUCGUGGAGGAAAUCUUGUUCUACUACUCACACCGGCUCCUUCACCACCCGGCAUUGUACAAGAAAAUUCACAAGAAACAUCAUGAAUGGACAGCACCCAUCGGUGUGAUCUCAAUCUAUGCCCAUCCGAUAGAACACGUGGUUUCCAACAUGUUACCAGUUCUGGUGGGUCCUCUAGCAAUGGGCUCUCAUCUGUCCUCCAUCACCGUGUGGCUGUCCCUCGCUCUCAUCAUCACCACUAUCUCCCACUGUGGUUACCACCUGCCUUUCUUGCCUUCACCUGAGUUCCACGACUACCACCAUCUCAAGUUCAACCAGUGCUACGGGGUGCUAGGCGUGUUGGAUCACCUGCAUGGGACUGACAUCAUGUUUAAGCAGACCAAGGCCUACGAAAGACAUGUCCUCCUGCUGGGCUUCACCCCACUUUCAGAGAGCAUCCCUGAUCCUCCAAAGAAAACAGAGAGUCCACUUGGACCAUCUGGACUGUUCCCUCACAAGUAGGAGGUGUGGAUACUGCCUAGGGGCCAUGCUGCCCUUAACAACUUGGCCACCACACUCACCAUCAGGGUAAAGGGAAUGCAAGAUUCCUGUCAGGAAAAGGCCAUGAUAGGCUCUGGGCUUCCUCCCCCCUCCCCAAAUCACUAUAGAGCCUGGGGGAAUCUCUUGGUUCUCUGAUACAAUCCCCAUACAGCUGGCUCCCUGUGGCCUAGUUGGCAUAGAGAAUAGGGUAAUAGUGGGACUGGAGGCUUCUUGGCUCCAAAAACUUUUCUCACACCCACAGCCAGGGCACCCUGGAGUAGUCACAGGCCAGAUGUGUUGAUGUGCUACACACAACUCCUGCUUCCCAUCAAAGCCUGGGUCAACUUCUGCCCUCCAAAGACACAAAUCCCUCAGAAUGAACAAUGACAGCCCACAAGAACUUCUCAAGAGCACCCCAGUCUGUGCCUAACUCAGAACUCAUGUCAGGGAGGACCCAGGUCAGUACUCUCUAAACCCAAAAGAAUCUUCUCCCUCAACAAUGAACCUCAGAAAACAAGCUCAGGGAGUACUGUAGCAGUGGGGUUUCUCCAGUAGUUUUUACCAAGGCCCCACCUUGGCAGUUCAUGGUUAGGAAUUUUGGGAUUCCAAAAACUUGGCAACUAGGUUGGAUCUGAAAGACUGCCACCAUUACCAAUUCGCUCAAUCUCAGCACAGCUGUGCUGAUCUGACAUUUUAGUUCAAGGUUAGUCAAGACUCCAUAUUGUGGCUCAAAUAAAGUAAUUUUUAAACAUAGCGGUUUGCACUGUAGUCCCAGCUGCUCAGCCUAGACAAACACAGGAAAACAUCAAUGUCUAAUGAGCCAGUUCUCCAGAACAGGGCCUCAUCCUGUAGCACUGAGGCCAAUGCAAGGCCAGGCCAGCUGGCAACUAAGCACUUUUGCAGGCAGCCCCAACCUUGGCAACCUGUGCCCUUCCAUUUCUUCACUCCCGCGCCCUACCCCAUCACCAGAUGGCAGCCAUUCCCUUCCUCAUAUGAGCAUUUUGAUAUGAAGUAUCAUAAGGGGCAGGGACAAGAAGCUAAAAAUGGAGACUAUGAGGUGCUGUUAAAGGUACAUGGCCAGUCCCCAUCAAGGCCCUAAAUAAAGUCUCUAUUUAACUCUA